CGCUGCUGGCGACGUCGAUGUUAGCGGUGUCCGUCGCGACGCCGACAGGAUCUCUAUAAAGCGCAUGCGGCGAAACUUUUCGACUGGCACAGAUGCGGUCGUACAGUGGUUCGCUCCCCCAGUUUACCCGACGCCGUUUCUCAACGCGCGACGUGUACAUUUUCCUACGUGAGGUCUUAAUAUAAAAAUUGUGAAAUAAAUUUUCCAUACACACGCGGUGUUUAGUAGAUCGCGUUCGAAAACUUUCUCACUGCAGCGCUGAUUCUACGUUAGAGCUUAAUUACCGAUGGGACGGAGUAAUCGAAAGGUUUCUGAACGUUUCAUUUACGUAGAAUAAAGAUAAAAAAAAGUAAAUUAUGUGCUUAUAGGAUUGUUAGGGAAAUUCAGCUUGUUUUAUCGAGGCUUUAUAAAUAAACUUGAUAGUUCGAUUAUUGUAGCUAUAAAUCUAUAGAUAAUUCUCACUGACAAAUGGCGCGUACGUUUCCGAGCGUUGUUUUGCGAUUUUUCCUCGAUUUAAAUAAAAAUUUUUGAGUUGCAUUUUCCAGUUAGGUUUGAGGUCAUCGAGAAAAUUCGAAGAUCGGAAAUCUUUUGACGAAAUUUUAAUAGGACAAUUUUAAUAUUAAGAAAAAAAAAAUCGAUGUUUUAGCAAUUAGAAGGAUUAAGGAUCAACAGAAAGGAACGAGACGAUCUUUUGUGGGAUUUUAACCAAAUCAUGAAAAAAUAUCGUCAAAUAAAGUGAUGAUAGUGAAAAUCCUUCAAUGUAUCUGCGAUAAUGCUGCGCGACGUUGCUACAUCAGGAAGAUAUAUUGUAUCUUCUCCCUCCGUCUGUGAAUUUUUUACGCAUAGUGACGAACGAGAAGAUGGGAAAAGACAGAAUUAAAAGUGCGUGUAGAAAAUUGGAUGGUAUAAAUGAUCGUAUUCUCUGUGACACACAAAUGACAUUUAAAAGUGCAGCUGAUAAUAUUACAAUUUCUCCGCUUAAUAUUAAAAAAGAAUGUAUAUUUUUAUCCAAGGCUUACUAAGCGAUGUUCGUGUAUUAAAUGAUAUCGUGAUUCAGUGAUUAUAUAAUUUAAUUAAACGGGGUUUUAUCAAUGUGAAUUAUGCGUUGCGAGAAAGAACUGGGAAUUCCCAUUGGACAAUCGUUUUGCCUGGCACUCGAUUCGAGCAUUCCGUGCAACUCUGUGAUCGACACUGGCCUGGCCUAUAUCAACGACGUCAUACCAACGAGUCUGGAGAAUGGCUAAUAAUAUUGAAAUGUAUUUUUUACACUGACGCAUUUUGCACAUCACGACCGACUGCGUUGGAUCGAACAAUUUCCUGAAACAACGGAAAUCGAAGAAAAUCAUUGUUUUUUUUUGUGUGAAAACAAUCUUACAAUCGAGAGCAAUCAUGUUCGUGUUUCAAAAACUAUCGAGCAAAACUUGGGAAUGUCACCAGAUACCGACAACGAUCGACGGCUUGUCGCGAUUCCGAAGAUCGGCGUCGCCGACGGAUUGGUCAAACUACACGUCCUACGAUUACCAAAAUGAUAGCCACGAGCCAGGUUACGACGAGGAAUCGGACAGCUUUUGCCACUCGCUCUACUUCCUUCUGGAUUUCUGCCAUCUAUACUACAUACCGUCUAUCAUCUUGCUGGGUUUGGUGGGCAACCUGUUGUCAUGUGUGGUUUUCCUUAAGACUCAUCUAAAGCUGCGCAGCUCCAGUUAUUAUUUAGCUGCACUAGCCACAACUGAUUUCAGCUUUCUCAUAUCUCUGCUUCUCGUGUGGCUUAACAGUACGAUCGGAUGGAAAGUCUUUAACAAUAACGGUUGGUGCGAAACUUUGGUGUACGUCAGUGCGGUUUGCAGUUCACUCAGCGUUUGGCUAAUCGUCGCCUUCACCGUCGAGAGAUUUAUCGCCGUUCAGUAUCCACUGCAUCGACCGCAUAUGUGCACCGUAGCGCGUGCAAAGACGAUCAUUUUGAUAUUAACGAUCCUUGCCUUGGCCAGCCAUUCAUACUCCUUCGUCACCGCCGGCGUGGUGAAGAACGCGGGUGGCGAUGAAAUAUGCGACCUGAAGCCCGAAUACAUGGGAACUAUGCAAAUCAUUAGUAUCAUCGAUAGUAUAGCGAGUCUGAUCGUGCCGCUCGUACUUAUCAUCGUGAUGAAUACCAUGAUUAUGAGGAAUCUCCUGAAAUUUGGCAGGCGGUUCAACCAGGAGCCCGGUUACACUACAAAUUGUCCCAAUAGGGAUAAAUCGGACAUCAAUCUCAAUCAAAUCCCGAGUGCCAAUAGCAGCAAUAACGGCGGCGGCGGUAAUAUGAAUCUAGUUUCACUCGUGGGCACGAAUGGAACGCGAAGACCACCUUCCCAGCAAUCAUCGUUUCAUUCGUCCAAGAGCCAUUCCCGGCAUCAACCUGCAUCUGCUCCGCCGUCGACACCCCGGAACGUCUGUCAGAUGACCGAAAUAGAAGCCCCGUGUAUACACGUUAGGUCAUCCUGUCGGAAUCUCGGAUCAACUAGAUUCAAUCAAGAGAGCAUCACUAAAAUGCUUGUGCUUAUUAGUACAGUCUUCAUAUUGCUUAAUCUACCGAGCUACGUGAUUCGUCUAUGCGUGUUCUUCUUCACUCUGGCGAAAAAGAAUACACCGGAGACACUCUGGUGUCUUCAGCAAUUUUUCAUGCUGCUCUAUUAUACAAACUUCAGUAUCAACUUUCUGCUGUACGCCAUGUGCGGUAUCACGUUCCGUCGAUGUCUGGAGCAGAUACUGCGCAGAAUCCUAAAGAGUAUGACUCGGUAUCACUGCAGUCCGCAAAGGGAAUCGGUAAGUCCGUGAAACAUCAACGCUCUUUGGCCGAUAAUUCUUCUCUGGUGCGUUUGGCUUUAACCAAAGCUUUAAGCCACAUUGUUGAAAUUUUUGCGGGCGCAUAUCCAAGGGUAAACAGAAGGUAAUCCUGUUUGUUGAAUCGCUUUGAAAGGGCGAAUAAUUUGUCGGACGCUUUACGCAUCUGUGACUUCAAGUUCGAUGAUGAUGGAUCUGACGACGGAUUUGACGAGAGAUUUGUCAGAAAAUAGGAAAACUCAAAAUGGUAUAAAUACUUGACUGAUAUAUAUGAUUCAUGCGUCUUGUAUGCAAUUGUAUGAUAAUAUAGAUUCAUAAUUGCUGUAUGUGAAUAACAAAUUCGGCGAUUAUGUUUGAGAAAAUCCAUUUUUCUUCUUGUAAAAGUCCCAAGAUAAUAAGACAGCAAAAUCGCUGUGAAAUAUUUAUGUGUCGAGUUUUACAUUUUGUUAGAUUUUUUUAAAUCUUUUGAUUUCUUUCAAAUUAAACAACAUACUGCAAUAUGUAAAGAAUAGAUGAAUUUGAUAUCUCAUUCAUAGAUUUUCGCUUUAACUGUAUUUGCAAUCUCGAAUUGUCACAUCAGUAAUGACCAAUGUUCUGUUUUUAUAUGUGCUUUUUGAGAGAGAGAGAGAGAGAGAGAGAGAGAGAGAGAGAGAGAGAGAGAAAGAGAGAAAGCAUAAAAUAUUCAUGUAUUCAUGAAAUCAAUUCUACGAAAAUAUGAAUUAUUAAUGUAAGAGAAUUGUCAUUGGUUAAAAAUUAACGAAUAAGACAAUAGUUUUCAAAUUAAGGGACUUAAUUUAAAGAUAAUCGUAAAAUCUAUAUCGUUUUCCUAUUAUUUAAAAGUCAACAAAUUUAAGAUAAUUAAUUUUUGUAUGGAGAUAGUGAAAUAAAUAUAUGAAUUUUUUCAAGCAUCAGUAUAUUUCUUCUGAAAUAUAAUAUAUAUUAAGUUGAUAUUGACAUUUUUUUCAACUGCUAUAUUCAUAAUAUGUCCAUUUGAGAUUUCGAAGAUAUACCAAAGAAAAUAAAAAAGUUUCCUAUUUAAUUUUAUGUAAAAUAACAAACCAAGAUUUCAGUGAUGAUUUCAAGUAAUAUUUCUUUGUAAACUUUCUUAGAUAAAGAUAUUAACUGAAAGACAAGAUUUAUUUUAAACAGAUUAUAGAAUAAAAGUUUAAAUGUCGAUGCUUUUUAAAAGUGUUAUUCGAAAAAAUAAUUGUUUUAGUAAGUUAGAAAAGAUUUUGAGAUUUUUUCUAACCAAAAAAUGCGCUUUUCUAAUUAAAGUUUUCCUAACGUUUUAUGACAAAUUUUGCACGCUGAUAAAAUUUAACGUAUUAUUUUGCUAUUAACAUAAUUAAUUAAAAGUGAUAUAAAGUUAUAAAGAAAUAAAUGAUCAGAAAUGCUGCCAGAAAUAUUGUAAUUUUUUCUCGAGAGAAAAACCAUCGAAAACAAUAAUUGCAUAAAUGUUAUUGACGUGUAAUUCAAACACAAAAGAAAUCGAGUUGCCGCAUCCCUUUCGCGUAGUUUUCAUUUUUUUGUGCGAUUAGAACAGAGAUCAAUUCAUCGGCAACUCGUCUGGGGAAAUCACA